AUGUUAGCCUAGCAAUAAUCCAUCCAUUUUGAGUUCCCCACAGCCACUUCUUUCAUCCUCUAAUUCCCAGAAAAACAUAAACAUGGUGAAAGCACUUCAGUAGAUCAAUCAUCUGAUAUCCUCAUAGAACUACAGCAAUUCUCUACAGUCUAUUAACUAAAUUACACCAGUUGCGGGAGGCAAUUUAAAUGGUUCGAUUGCUAUUUGAUGCAGCCCCAGUAAUAAUAGAUAACUCUUAUCAAGUCACCUAAAUUAGCAGGCUAAUCUAUUCUAAGUCUGCCUCUAUCACUUUAAACAUAAGGAAUUAACUAAACAAAGCAGAAGCUAAAGUAACUUCACUAAAAAGCUGGUGGUUCUGGCUGUCUGCUCUAAAAGUGUGAAAGUUCAUAAUCACUGCAUGGAACUAAUGCUAAAAAGCAGUAAAGCAAGCAAAAGGUUUUAAACGAAAAUAGUCUUUCACCUUCUCAAAAGCAAGGAUCAUUGCAAAGAACUGGCAAGCAUAAUAGACAAUCGACUACGGUAAACUUCAAUAUCUCGAAUAGUGUAACUAAGAACCAGCAUCACAAGCAUCAAAAGAGUCUAAGUCCUACUAACAAUAAAUCUAAUGUAAAGCAACAGUAACAAAAUCAUGUACUAAGAAUGAGUAGUGAAAGAGUAAAGUCCACGGAGAACUAAUCUAUUGAAAUCAUUUAGAAAACAAGCAAGAAUGCCUAGAAUGAAGGUAAUUCUAUAGAAAAAGAGAAGAGAACUACUUAGCAUAUUAGAAUCAGUCCUCAGAAGCAGUUCAUUGUACAACCUUCUAUUACAUCUCAAACAUCACCAUAAGAGUAGUUCAAAAAGUAAUCAAUGAAAUUGAGUCUAAAAAAUCCAUACUCCACCAAGAGUAAUAAUGUUAUUCUUGAGCAAGAUGAUUACUUACUGCCUAAUUCCUCAUAAAGCAGUGAGGCACAAGAUUACUCUCUAAAAAAGGAUUACAAGAAAAUGAUAAAUCACAAUCAAAAUAUGAAAGGUCAAUUGAUCCACUAAGCCCCAAAAGAUAGCGAGGAAUCAGUUAAUAAAGGGUUUUUAACUGAUAGAUAGCAAGCAUCUUGCAAUGAAAUAGAAAAUCAUAUUAUGAUGGACACUUAAUAAAGAUAAAAGAAGACUAAAGGCAUUAGUUAUACUCGAAACGCUUAGGAGCUGAAGAAAUUACUUUUGGAAACAGGAGUUAUAGGAAAUUUAGGGUUGACUUCAAGCUUAGCUACAGCUGCUGCUGGUAUGAUUUCAUCUACUUAGGAUACUUAAUAUCUGAAAAAUAUUGAUCUAAGCAAGACUGGAUAGAAUACUCAUUAAAGCUAAACAGCUAAAGUGAAGCAUUCAGAAAUAUUUAGUUUUUCUGCUAGAAAUAAGACUGGAAUAAACAAAGUCAGCCACCAUCAUCAUCACAAGUCAAGUGAAAAAAUAUCGACUUGCAUUCUUGAGAACAAAAUGAUGAAUAGUAAAGCAUAGCACAAAAGAAUGUAAUCUUAGCUAGAAAAUUCUGUUUAAACCUAGAAACCUAUGAUAAAUGGCUUGUUUUAAACUCUUGAUAAAAAUAUGGAAAUGGGGAAUUACCCUUCUUCAACUUAAAACAAUUAGCAGUAACAGCAUAAACUUCGAGACUUCAUUUUGAAAGACGAUGAAGAGUCGAAUCAUCAAUAGUACAACCACUAUUUAGAUGAUUAGGUCAUUUUCAAAUCCAAAAGGCAAUCUCCUAAAUCUACAUCACAUCAUCAGAAUAUACCUUCCAAAAGAAGUCCUUCGAAUUACCUCAAUAAUAAGGAAGAUGUCUCAUCCUCUAACAUAAACUUCCCAUUCACUGAAACUGAAUAGCUGAUAUAUAGAAAUGAAUCAAAGCAGAAUCAUCAAUACUCAGGUAGUGUAAUUGAUGUCUAGAAAAAACAAAGAGUCCUUAAUAGAUGCUGGACUGCGCAUGGGGACAUCUCAACUGAAAGAGAAAACAACAAAGAGAACUUUUUCCUUAAAGAUGCUGACUCAAAUAUAAACUUUUACCAGCAGCCUUAAAUUUAGUUUGAGAACUCGUAAAUCGAUAGUGUUGGGGGUGCACCAGUUAUUCCCUUUACUUUCUAAAUUUAGAAUAAUCAAAACUUAAGUUCAUAGAAACAGUCUUAGCAGAAUUAGAACUUCAUAAAGAGGCAAAGUGGCAUUUCAUCACAGAGCAAGAAUACCUGCUUCACUUACAACCAAGCAUAAUCACCAAUUACAAGAUAUCCAUUUUCAUCAAUGAUAAGCGAUGAAAAUACCAUUCCAAACAGGAUAAAUCAGUAAAAGUACAGUUUAGGUGAUAUGAAGGAGCUUGAGAUUAUGAAAUUUAAGAUGAUUGCGUUUGUCAAGACUUACCAGAACGAAUUCUAGAAAAUGAAACUACAAAUGAACGAGUUGUCUCAAGAAAAUAAAUCUCUCAAAAGGAAAUUAAACCACAUGUCAAUGAGGAGAACAUCAGUGACUAGCAAUAAAACUUCGCAGUCAACUAGUAUCGCAGUAAGCAAAGCUGGCUACAUUUUACAGAACCCUACUUGUCUGACCUCAGCUCACACUAGCCAGAUAAAUCUCUGA